AACAAAUAAGACAUUAGGCCGCCGCCACUAUGCCGAUCACUCUCACACAGUCGCCCUGAAAAGCUCCCUCAGAAUGUCCGUUUUUUCCUCAAGCUUCAGAUUCCUUCAUCUUUCCGAUUCCCAAAACGACGUCGCUUUUACAAACCAAUGUAGUGGCAGUUCUGCGAUCACCAAAAGCCCUAAUCUUCAUUUCACAAACGCCUUACAUGUCCCCGCUUCUUCUCAUUCUUUGAGUCGGAACCAAGUCCUCGUGACUCGAUGCGCCGGAGCUGAGUCUCCGGCAAAGCCGGUAACCGAUGUGGAGGCCAGUUUCGCACCGAAAAUUGAGGAUAAUAAUAGCGGCGAUAGCGGCGAUGGCAGCGAUGGUAGUGACUUUGGCGGUAGUGGCAGUGGUGGUGGCGGCGGCGGCGGAGACGGCGGAGAGGAUAAUAGUGGAGAAGAGGAGUUUGGACGGAUACUGAAAUUCGAGGAGGUGAUGAGGGAGGCGGAAAAUCGAGGGGCGAGUCUUCCUUCAGAUAUGUGGGAGGCCGCGAAAACUACUGGAAUUCGAGAAGUUAUUCUUUUUCGAUACUUGGAUUUGCAGGCCUCGGUUUGGCCGCUUGGCUUUGGGAUGAAACACUUCUCCAUGCUUCGGAACCGAAUGUUAGCUGAUCCUUCAUUUCUCUUUAAAGUUGGAACAGAGGUAGUAAUUGAUUCUUGUUGUGCAACAUUUGCGGAGGUUCAGAAAAGGGGCAAGGACUUCUGGGCGGAGUUUGAGCUGUAUGCUGCAGAUCUUUUGGUGGGUGUGGUUGUUGACAUUGCAUUGGUUGGCAUGUUAGCACCCUAUACUCGUUUCGGACAGCCAUCUAUAUCAAGAGGUCUUGUUGGAAGAAUACAACAUGCUUGUGCGGCUCUUCCUAGUAGUGUUUUUGAGGCUGAAAGGCCAGGAUGUAGAUUCUCAGUGAACCAGCGGAUUGCUACAUACUUCUAUAAGGGUGUCCUCUACGGUUCAGUUGGAUUUGGGUGUGGUCUUAUUGGUCAAGGCAUUGCAAAUGCGAUUAUGACUGCCAAACGGAGCAUAAAGAAAUCAGAAGACGACAUACCUGUGCCUCCUCUUUUGAAAAGUGCUGCUCUUUGGGGUGUUUUUCUUGCGGUAUCUUCCAACACUCGUUACCAAAUUAUAAAUGGACUGGAAUGUGUGGUUGAAGCAUCACCUUUAGCAAGGAAGGUCCCCCCUGUUGCAAUGGCUUUCACUGUAGGUGUGCGAUUUGCCAACAAUAUCUAUGGGGGUAUGCAGUUUGUAGAUUGGGCCAAAUGGAGUGGGGUGCAAUAGCUGUAAGUCAUCUCCUAUAGAUAUCAUGCUCCAAAUUGAAAAUCAGUUAAGGUGGUUACCUUUAUUCUAAAACGUGCUGUUUAGAAGCCUUUUUUUUAAUGGGCUUCCUAUAUAUUAUGGGCUCACCUGCCUUGGUGGGAGGAUGUGAUCAAAUAAUAAAUAAAGGUUGCAUGUUGUUUAGUGAGUA